CAAAGUUGGGCGCCUAAUCGACUAAGUCACCCAGGCCCCCCAAGAAAAUACUUGUUUUAAAUGUGAAGAUGUCUGAAGGCCAAUAAAAUGGCCAUAGUGUCCAGAAAAGAAUGGGAAAGUAGGAACGGGGUUUUGAUUUUCUAAUUUGGCGCUAUGUUAAGUUCCGGUAAUCUCUUAGUGGAGACAUCAUACAGGUAUACAGUUGACCCUUGAACCAGGUGGGUUUGUACCGUGGGAGUCCACUUACACACAGAUAUUUUUCAAUAAAUAGAGUACUAUCCUGUAAAUGUAUUUUCUGUUCCUUAUGAUUUCUUUCUCUUUUAAUUAUUUCUUUUAACAGAGGGAGGACAGAGCACGUGGGUCGGUGAGGGCAGGGGAGAGAGAGAAUCUUAAGCCGAUUCACACUGCCAGCGCAUUUCUUUCUCUGUGAUAUUAAUUGAUUUGGCUGCUACUAGUUUAAAGUUUUCCAAUUCUCUAGUUAUUAAUCUUUAAAAAGUACUCAAAUGCACUUUAGUGCUCGUUAUAAGGGAUGGUAAGCUAAACAGUUUUUAGGUUUGUGACAUUAAAAAUCAUCUAAAUUCUUUUUUGGUCGAUUUAACACGUAAUGAACUUUUUAGUUCCAAAAACUGACAAGGUUAAUUUUAUGAGUCAUAUUUUCUUCUGCCUUAGGCUAAGGCAAGUUAGUUUUCACUUCUUACAGGAAGUUACAAUCCAGUGACUUGGGAACAGCUAAACAUAGGUUAAGAAAGUUAACAGUUAAAUUGUAAUUAUUUUCUCAUUUUUCUUUGUCCAUACUUGAUUACUUAAGGAUAAGGUGUUUUUACAACAUGUAUCCUGGCAGAAAAGACAUGUGAAAAUCAAAACAAGGAAAUUAACCAUCCGUUUUUGCAACUGCAAAAAAUGACUCAAGAACCAGCAAUGAAUAAGGAAUGUGAUAGGGAGCAUGAUAUAUCUGUAUAUUUAAGACAUGCUUCUAUGCAAAAUUUUGAGGAAAUGUGGAUCAAAUAAGACAAAUUAGACUGGAAAAAUAGCUUAAAACUCAUCAGCAGUGAAUGAAAGCUGAAGUUGUUGAAAUUUGUUAAUUCCUACUCAUCUUGAAGAACCACCAUGGGGUCACUCUAAGAAGUAACCAACUGAAAGGAAAUACCUUUGAAUUGGACAAAUACUGUAGUUGAUUGUGAGGAAGAAGUUGCAUUUAGAGCGUCUGUCUCGGUAGUAUUUCAGGCAUUUCCUGAACAAAAAGAGCCUAGUCUUGAAAAUGUCAUUCUCUCUUAUUCAUACUCUGGGUCCCCAGAAUAUGCUUGUCAGUCAUCUUCUAAGCUUUCUUUAAAAGAAAGCAAAUCAUCAGGGGCAUAUAAAUCAAAACCACACUGAGAUAUCACCUCACACCAGUCAAGAGUGGGUAAAUGAACAAAUCGGGAGACUAUGGAUCCUGGCGAGGAUGUGGAGAAACAAGAACCCUCUUGCACUGUUGGUGGGAAUGCAAACUGGUGCAGCCACUCUGGAAAACAGUGUGGAGGUUCCUCAAAACAUGAAAAAUAGAUCUACCCUUUGACCCAGCAAUAGCACUGCUAGGAAUUUACCCAAGGGAUACAGGAGUGCUGAUGCGUAGGGGCACUUGUACCCCAAUGUUUAUAGCGGCACUUUCAACAAUCGCCAAAUUUAUGGAAAGAGUCUAAAUGUCCAUCACCUGACAAAUGGAUAAAGAAAUUGUGUUUUAUAUACACAAUGGAAUACUACUUGGCCGUGAGAAAGAAUGAAAUAUGGCCUUUUGUAGCAACGUGGAUGGAACUGGAGAGUGUGAUGCUAAGUGAAAGAAGUCAUACAGAGAAAGACAGAUACCAUAUGGUUUCACUCUUUUGUGGAUCCUGAGAAACUUAACAGAAGACCAUGGGGGAGGAGAAGUGAAAACAAAACAAAACAAAACAAAAAAACCUUAGAGAGGGAGAGAGCCAAACCAUAAGAGACUCUUACAAACUGAGAAUAAAUUGAGGAUUGAUGGGGGAUGGGAGGGAGGGGAGGCUGGGUGAUGGGCAUUGAGGAGGGCACCUGUUGGGAUGAACACUGGGUGUUGUAUGGAAACCAAUUUGACAAUAAAUUUCAUACUAAAGAAAGAAAGAAAGUAAAUCAGACUAUGAAAAUGAGAACAAACCAGACAUUGAGCAUCUUUUUAACAACAACGAGGAUUUAAAAAUGAUAUAGAAAAUAAAAAAGCAAGGAAACCACUAGUUACAUUUAAAGUGAAAGAAGGCCAAGAGUUUGACAUGCAAAUGGCAAAAAAUAUGGACCAAAAUACCACCGAUUGUAAAUUAGACCUCAGUCUAGUGAUUCAGAGAGCCUUUUUGAUUUGUGGCUUGCCUGCUGCGAUGUGAUGAAACACAUGGUUCAAACAAAAAGUCAUGAUAUUUCUGCUGUCACAAACACGAGAAAACAAAACCAGUACAAGACUUUUUUCCAGAAGCCUUUAUAUGCAGAUAAUGACAGUACUCCUAACUAUAAAAGUAUUGAUUCUGAAUUAGAAAUUGUGAGUUCUUCUUCAGCAUCUAGUUUUCCAGCAUCUGAAGUAUAUCUAAGUGAAGAAUUACAUCAAGAUAUGCAAAGGUUUAAGAAUGAGAUAGGCAUGUCUCAAGUAGAGUUCCUGUCUUUGGAAAGAAAGUUCAACUUCCAAAAGAGAUAGAGGUCUGCCUUGCUGUUACUCUUGUUUUUUCUCUUUAGCAAUUACCUGAUCCAUUCUGAUUUUCCACUCAAGAGAACAAGAGUUGUAUAAAAUGGAAUUGUCUAAAUAAGUAAUUGUGUCUGGAAAUAGAUUAUGUCUGCUAUCUAACAAAUAGGAGUUCAGGAAAACAUUCUUAUGAUUUGUUUUCCUUAAAGUUUCUGUGUCAGUCUUCCAAGUAGUAUAUGAACUGGGAAACUAACUUAGCUAUAUAAGUACCAUGUGACCUCAUGAACCAGAAUAACCAUAAGGAAACUGCUUAAAAAACAAUAAUCUCCAGGUUUCUUAAAAAUAUAUUGACUUAAAUAUAAAUUGCAUUUCCAUAAACAAUAAAAUGGGAAAGAAGCAAUAACUAAGAGAAGGAAUAUAAACAAAUGUUCCUAGCUAAAGCAAUCUAUGUAUUGCUUCAGUAUGUGUCUGUAGACUCUGGGUCUAGGGUUCUUGCUUGUCUAGCAAGACAGCAGCGAGAUGCAGGAUUACAAUGGGAGAGACAGCUAAUGUCCCAGAGAACACACGAGCCCCGAUUAAGGGUCCUUGCUCUGUUUUUAUUAGGAUCAAAAGGCUUCGAAACAUGGUGAUGGAUGUGCACAAAGAGACAAUCUGUGAACAUGAACUCAUGGGCAUGAGGGAAAGGGGGUUUCAAGAUAUAGGGUGUUAGGGGUUAGGGUCAAUGUAAAACAAAGUCCUGGCCCCUGGCAAAUGGUUGUUAACAGCUGACCUGAGGCACCUUCUCUGUUUAUCUUAACUAGUCUAGGGGAGAAGACAGAUGCUACCUCAGGAUCCAUAAGGCACCUUUCUUUUGCUAAUUACUCCCCUCUGGGCAUCUUCCCCCUGCAGCCUACAGCCUAUAGUCCUAUUUACUUGUUUACCUAAUUUGGUCCUUCCUUCCUGUGAAAGCAGCUUUUUGCCAUAGUACUAAAUUGGGGAGUGUGUCCUCCUGAAUAUCUAAUCUUGUUUACCUCACACACCUUUGUCCUGGAGCCUUUGCCCCACCCUCUCUAUACCUAGAUACCUAAUCUUGUUUACCCAAACUUGGGUGUGAGCAUCCUAUGGCUUUGUAAUUUUUUACACCUGGUUAACCCAUCAGUGCAGGCUCAGGGAAUUCCUAAGCUUAUUCCCCACAAAUAUAUGCAGUCUUGUCUGCUUUACUCACAAUCUUGGAACUUAGAAUUUCAACAUGACCCCUUUGAGAUAGGCUUAGUAACAGCUAUUUGUAUUGUCACCCCUUUUUCCACAUUUUUAAAUCAUCAUUUUCAGAUGUUUCUGUUGAUUCAAACCUUCACUUUAUGUUCAAUAAAGUAUGAUACCUUUUGGCCUGUAUGAUUUUUUUUUAAACGUUUAUUUAUUUUUGAGACAGAGCAUGACCGGGGAGGGUCAGAGAGAGAGAGAGAGGGAGACACAGAAUCGGAAACAGGCUCCAGGCUCCAAGCUGUCAGCACAGAGCCCGACGCGGGGCUCGAACUCACGAACUGCAAGAUCGUGACCUGAGCUGAAGUCGGACGCUCAACCGACCGAGCCACCCAGGCGCCCCUGGCCUGUAUGAUUUUUACCAUGUAGGUAGCAUAAACCUUCAGCAAACCUUCAGUAUUUAACACCAAGGGAGAAAACUGAAUUUUGAGAUGUGUGGACUUUAGAAAUAGACAAAAUCUAGAGAUACCCUCCUUUAAAAGAAUAAGUAGCUAAUCUCCUCGUCCCCUAUCAAGGUAUUAAUUUACUGUGCAAAGUCACACUUUUCAUGCAUCUGAUUAAUUUAAUGAAUUUGUUGUCAUUUCUCUGAUUCAGCAUUCAAGAAUCGUGUCCUCUCUUUUGGUGCCAUAAAAUGCUAGGUAAUGCCACUUUAGGAACUUGAGACAAAUCAUUUAACCUUUUUGAGUUUUACUCGUGUUAUCAGUAGCAAAUGGGAUUAAAGGUGAUCAUUACUUUUAUACCCUCUCCCUAUAAAGUUUUAUGGUUAUUGAAUGUGAGAUUCGGAGAGCAUUACUAAUUUCCCAGAAUUCCACCCUAACGUCCAUUUCACUUUGUUCCUUUUGUGUUGUGGCAAACUUUGGUUCACAAAUUUUAGGGGACACUGUCACUUUUUUUGAGAACCUUAGGAUCCAAAAGAAAAAGAAUUGUAAAAGGCAGUCAGGGAAAGAAUAGCUCUGUGCAGAAAGAGGAAAGCUUCCUGGUUUUGUUACUGGAGCACCUCCAUGUCACAUGUUUUCAAUCUGGCUGUUGUGUAAAACCCAGGUGGUAAGGAUAGAAAAAGAUAAAUUUUGUCUCUUGUCUUUUUAUUUCUUUGUAUCUCUUGGUCAGAUGGGGUGGGGGUGGGUGGGGAAUUCUCGGUAGCAAAGUGUGGAUAUGAAUAAGAGUACAAAAUUAAGAAAUCCCUUUUAGAAAUUUUGGUAACUUCUGCUUUGUUUUUAAUUCCAACAGAAAUGAAGCAGAGUUUAUAAAAAUUACAAUUACUUGUAAUGAUAAAGUAAACACAGAAUAUUUUCCUCCAUUGAAUUUAUGACAAACUAAGUGUCAACUGAUAAAAUGAAUGAAAAAACUUUUUAUUGACUAAAGUAACAAUUACCUUUAGUAUCAAGUUCCAUUAAAGGUUGAAGAAAAAAAGCAGCACAGAGGAAGUGACAUGGAAGUAUCAGAAAACAUACAUGAUGCUGCGGCUGCUGGAUUAAUUCCACAAAGACAGAAUGGAAAAACUGAUAACCAUCAAUUGCCUAUUACAGAAAAUAAAGAUUCUGAUAGGAGGGAACCUGGUUUACAUAUGAAGAAGAUAAAGAAAGGUGAAAAUGAAAAAGGGACAUCAAAAGGAUCUGUGAUCACAUCAGUGUUGCAGAAGGCAGAUUCCCUAACUGGUGGUCCACUACAAAAGAAUGAUGGCAGCCAUUUCAGUGAAAAGGAUCAGCAUGAAAGCAGACCCGCGAAGAAAAUUUCUAAGAAAAAGAACAAGGUCAAAAAGCAAAUUACUUCUAUGGAUGACCUUGUCGGCUUCAUUCAGUCAUCUGAAACAGCUUCAGAGCAUUGUGAGUUGUCUUACUCUAAGAAUUUCAUGUUGCUGAUCGAACAACUUGGCAUGGAUUGUAAAGGUAGGAAGCCUUUUUACGUAUAUUGCUGUAGUAAUAUGUGCACACCUUGCCUACUACUGCACCAUAGAGCACUGCUGUAUUAUAGAGCUGCUCAUCUCAGAAAUAUGUUUUAUAUUAAAAUAAAAGGAGAACUAUUGUAUCCUCUCAGCCAGAGAGUCGUCAUUUCUACUGUACCUUUCUUAGUGGGAAUGGCACAUCUAAUGUGUUUAACUCUGCUUCUCUUCUGUGCCUUCACCCACGUCAGGUCAUUAUUUUUCUGCUAGAUGACUGAAAUAACCUCAGGACUGUUUUCCCUGCCGUUCUACCUCCCAGGACCUUGGUCUACACUGCAACCAUAAUUAGUAUAUGUUUUAAAAAGUGUCUUUCAUCAUGGUACCCCCUUGCUUAAAGCUUAGCUAUUAGUUCUCAUUGCUGUUAGGUUAAAGGCCACAGUCCUCUGGCUUCAUCUUGUAUGGUUUUACAUCCUUCUUUCCGUCUGUGUCUUAUCCACUGUGUUAAACGUUUCUUCCUGUGAAAGAGCUUU